GAUACACUCAAUAAGACAAUAACCGGUUUCUAUGACUUUCGUAAGCUAAGUGAAUUCAUUUGAAUUUCAAACUCAGGCCCAUGCUUGUCGUUUGUUGGUACAUUGUUGUUUAUUAUUAGUGGACUGGCAGGAAUUAUAACACGUUAUUAGAGAUAUGAUGAUAACGAUUGCGAAUAGCAUUUUCGACAAAAAUGUGUUCAAGUUGUUCAUGUUCAAUUCUAAUCUAAACCUUAGCCCAACAAGUGCUGCGGUGUACGUAAUAAUAAAAUUGGUCUGUUAAUAAAAUAUUUCUUUUGAAUGACUAGUGACUAUUUGACAAUGAAUAUGGAACUUUCCGAAUCAUUAUCGACUCGAGAACCAGAAUUACGCUCAGCUGUCGAUCACUUAAAAUCUUGUUCUUCGCUGGAAGUUCAAAAUGAGAUCGAAAUCACUGUCGAGGACGAGUCUGUCGUACAGUGGAACGAUUCUCGUAAAUCAUUACGAAAUUUAUGCGAACGGUAUCAAAACGCCAUCAAAAUCUGGACAGUGUAUAGAAAAAAUAGCGAUAUCGUUAACGAAUGGGUUGAUAAUCAGUUGAGUUCGUUAUCGACUCUACCAGCCGAAAAAGCUGUCCAACAGUUACAAAUAUACGAAGAAGCAGUUAAUGAACAAUUGGAAAAACUCGUCGAGCUUCACGGUAUGGUUAUGGAAAUCGCUACCGAAGUCGGUGUCAAGAAGGAUAACUUAUUAGCCGAUGAGAUCGCUUUAUUGAGUAGGAAAUUGGAAGAUAUUAGAUCAGUUAGUAGUACUCUGCAGGAUGUUACCGUUUUCGAAAAAGAACAAAUUGAAAUUCUAAUCGAUCCAGAUGCUUCGUCUGGUAGGCAAAAAAUUUCAGUUGUGAAUUUGCUGGAGUCGUGGCAACAGGUAUUCAAAGAAACGUUCCAACAGUUCCAUGGAUUGUUCUCGUCUGUAUCCGGUGAACAGAACUAUCUUGAAGCUUUAAAAUUAUGGACUGAUUAUUUACUUUAUAUUCAAGACUUCCUCGCAUCCGCUAUUCCUGAUAAUUAUCAUACUUUGAACAGCGACCAUCUAAUUUGCCAGCUGUAUGAAAACCUUUUACGAUCGCAAAGUUCUAUUCUGCUUGAUGAAAAAACUAAACGAAUAGGAUCAUCUUUGAGUGGAGAGUUGGAAUCUUUGAAUAAACUUCACAAUGAAACUCUUUCCAAUGUCAUUGCCAGGCAUCAUCGAGUUAAACAAAGACUAUUAUUAUGGCAACGUUACCAAAAAGACCAAAGAGAGCUGUUAUCGUUUUUACGUUGUAUUGAGUCUGAACAGUCACACCUAAACUUGAGAUCUAUUUAUAUUCGAACAAUAGAUGCAUCAUUACAUGAAAUCGAAGAUUUGCUGAAUAAGAUAACCAAAGGUAUCUCAAUGGCUGAUAAUCUAUGCGACCAACACGAUGCUCUGAUGAGUGGCUGCAGUCAAAGUGUCAUUAUUACGUCGGUUAAGGUCGAGUUGGAUUCCAGCUACAAAAGACUUAAUAAUUCAGAAGCGGCUCUCAAAACAUGGCACGAAUAUCUUUUCAAGAUUAAAAGCGUAGCCAAACUGUACGACGACAUAGUUUCCAAUAUCGAACAAAUAUUUAUUAAAAUUUACAAAGGCAUCGAUAACGAAGUUUGUUCUUCUAAACAGACAACUUACGCCGUUGUUGAAAUUAAACAAAAAAUUGAUAAGCUUAUGGAAUUCAAAGAGGAAAUUGUCGCUUUGGAUGAAGCUACGAACGAAUUAACAAAUCUAGAAGAGAUACUCAAACUGGCAGUGAAUCCCAAAGAUAUGGAAGUCGUUAGGCAAAGAAUAUGGUUAUUGAGACAACAACAAAAUGAUAUAAAGUACCAGUUGUCAACUUUGAUCUUCCAAUUAGAAGAAAAAUUAUCUCUUUGGGAUACAUUCGAUAAACGACAACAGAGUUUCAUAAGUUGGGCGAACGACCUGAACACAAAUUUGAAAAAAUUCUGUAAGAACCAAGACUAUCUCGAAGUUAUACUGAGACAAUUAGAAAACGAAUUCUGCACCGAUGUAGAUUCCAAACACGAUGAAUACAAUUGGCUGUUGAGUACCGGCAAAUGUUUAUCAAAAUACGAAUCUGAAUCUGCGACUGAAUCAAUCUGCGACCGGAUUAAUGACGUAAUGGAUGCUUGGAAGAAAGUCAACGACAAUACAAAAAGAGAAGUUGAAAAAAUUAAACAUAUCGUAAAGGAAUUGACAACAUCAAGAAGCAAUAUCAAGAACCUUAUUGUACGGAUCCCAAAAUUGAGUCUUAAGUUAAACACGAUUAUAUUCUUCGAACGAUUCGAUGAAUCUGCUUUGAAUGAGAAAAUUCAAGAACACGAGGCAUUGCAAAAAGAAAUCGAUCAGCGGAAACAAGAAGUAUCUGAUGUGUUGCAAAGGUGCAAGAUAUUUGUAAUGGAUUGUGAACAUUGCAAGGUUUCGAUGGAUAUUAAAUCCGUCAUAGUGAGAUACACCUCGUUAGACAGAAAGUGGACUUGGUUGCAAAUGGAAUCUGCUCAAUGCAAAGAUCGUAUAUUUGUCGUAUGGAAAAUGAUUCAAGAAGUAUUAUCGUUAUGUCGAUUGGAAGAUCCGUGGUUGACAGAGCAACGUGAACUUUUAACUAAAAUACAGUCUCAAUGUGAUAAAAUACCAUUUUCUGAUAUUAAUAGCCUGGCUGCCAAGUUGAACUCAAUUUCUGUAGCGAUAAAUAAUCAUAGUACACAGUUCAAACUAUUGGAAGAAUCGUACGCUGAUUUAUUGUCUAAAAAUCACAUUCGUAACUCGAGCCUUGUUCAAGAAACGUUGGAUCGAUAUUCGGCUCUGAAAAAAUUCGUCUCAAGAUUGAAUGGAAAAAUUGGACGGUUAAUCGAACUAUCGAAUGAAGAUCUCAACUCUGAAGAAACGUUCUUGGACGAACGUACAAUCGAACCGAUGGACCACUCUGAUACACCCGAAUCAACUACAUCGAACGAAGAAGAAAACCGAAGUAUACUGUCACGUGGAAAUACUCGUAUAUCCUUCGGACGAGUAAUACGGGCGUUCAUUUUUGUCAUGUUAGGAUUCCUAAUCCUGCGGAUCUACAAUGAAUCUACAUGUUCGACUGCUAAUAACAUGGCAUGGAGUUUGGAACCCAUGUUGAGGUAUCCAGCCAGAUGGAUCACCACCAAUGUAAUUCCAUUUAAUAUAUAAUCUAUUUAAAAAGAUAAGAUUCGAAAUUAAUUCUAAUAAGGGUUCAGAUGUCAAGUGUCUUUAUUGGUAUUAUUUGUGUUGUUUGUUAUUAAUUUAACCAUGUUAUGUUGAAGCUCAUUAUUUAAGUUUAAAACCGGUGAGCUUAUAAUAAUUAUUUUUGUAUAAAGUUGAGAUUUAUAUCAAAUUUUGUAAUUUUCAAAUAUAUUGCGGUCGUUUAUUUA